AUGAAAAGGCAACGAAACUCUUACAUGGUCAAAGAAAAAAGUAAAGUUAAACAAUUUUCACAAGACUCACCUCUUCAAAAGAGUUCCCAAAGGGUUGGUUCUGGAUGUCAUGCAUUGUUUUCUAAAGAAGAAGCCCAACUUUAUGAAUGGAUAAUGGAGCUUCGUAAAGAUGGUUUCACAGUUAAUCAUUCUAGUAUUAAAAUGAAAAUGGUUGAAAUUAUGAGAUCAAGUGCAAGACUAGCUCAAGAUGAGGCAGAGAAGUGGAUGGCAAAUGGUGGUAAUGGUCUUACUAAGGGUGGAAAUUUAAAGCGUGCAGAUUUAAACACAGUAUGUCAUUGGGUGUUAAAUGCAUGGGAUGUUAUCUUUCAUGAUAUUAUUAUUUGGACAUUUAAAAAAUACAGUAUUUCUAAUUGUUUAUCGGGAAGUGAAGAUCAUUUAAUUUACAAAGAUGAUAGAAGGAUUCAGAUGAUGCUAAAUUCGAGUAAAGAUAUAGGCGAAGAUAUAGGCAAAGGUUUAGAUGAAAAUACUAACACCGAAAAUGAUUUUAAUAAUUGGCCAGAAUGCUUUGUUGUCAUUUAA